AUGGUCGCAUAUCUUGAAGCAAGUCAUACGCACUAUAAUACAAUAAGCAUUAUCACGACCUUAGAAUAUAAUGAAAUCCAACGAGGACUGGUCCACUCGUCAUACUCGUGGACGGAUGUUAAUGAACCGUACAGAGAUGAGAUUUAUUCACAAGGCAUUAAGUUUGAAGAGGAUUCUAAACCUGAUGCUGGUAACCAAAUUGGUUACGGCUAUGCACAAGAUAUAAAAAUAGAAGAUAACAAAGAACACAAGCCAGCCAAGAAAAAGAAAAGAAGACGCAGGAGGAAGCCAAGAUAUCAGUUUGCUGAUUAUCCAGGUGCUCAGUAUCCGGCUGGUUCACCUCAAGGGUUGCCCGUGCAGGUUGGACAGUACCCUAAUCCUGGACUAGCACAGUUCCAAGGCCAGGUUCCGUAUCCAUACCCAGUAACUGGUGUUCCGGGACAGUAUUAUCGGCCUCCCAAACGCCCUAAGACUUCUGCAGCGAGUCAAGCCCUGUCCGCCAUCACGGGGGCUCUUAGUUCCAUUGCGUUGUAUGACGACUACCAGUGUGUUCCGAGGUUGCUGUGUGAAGCUGCGGGCGGAGGAACCCUGGGCUCUGGGGUGCUGCAGUCGGUGGCAGGGUUGCAACCUUUACUCACCUUACUGGCAGCUUACAAUGGCAUCAGUACAUCUCCGCUCUUCGUGUUCGGUCGAGCAGUCCUACUUGGGAUGACUUCCAAGGGGAAUACUGGUACUUGUCGAUAUGCCUAUCCUCAAUGUCCGACAGAUCCUGAACAAUUAGUUCACUACCUCAAUAACCAUAACGGAGGAUUCUUUAGAUUUUUCAACGCCCCUCAAGUGCCAGAUCCCCAGUUUGGACAACAAAAUGUGGAGCAAUUCUACAAUCAACUUUCUGUACCUCAAAAUUACGGAUUGUAUCAACCAAAUAUAGAUCCUGGACAGAAUUAUGGGUUGUAUCAACCAGUUAAUCCUGGGUUGACAGAUCAAAACUAUGGAUUAUACCAGCCAAACGAUUUUCGACCAGGACAAGAGAAUUAUGGAUUUCAACAUAAUAAUAACGGAUUUCAAAGACCUAAUAAUAAUAUUUAUAGCAACAAUUUGGCAUAUAAUAAUUACGGUUCAAAUUAUCCACAUAAUAAUAAACAAGGUUUUAAUAAAAUAAUAUUCAAGAACAAUGAUGAAUUCGGUGAUAAUAAAAUUCAGAAACGAAUUUUGAAUAAUCCCGAUAAAAUAUUUAGAGAUGAAAUUUACCAUAAUGACGAAAAUCCCAAAUGGUUAUUCCCGGAUAAUAAAAACUUUGAUAAUAGUGAUUAUAUUAGGAGUGGUAAAACUUUAAAAUUCCCUGAAGGAGACAAAAACGUUGAAUAUAAUAAACAGAAUUAUUAUAAUACAAAUAAUGAUGUUAGAAAAGGUGUCAGAUUUCAUUUUCCGGAUGGAGCCAAUAAUGUCAAGUACGUUAAUUACUACACAUUACCGCCAGCAAGUCAAAACAAUAAUAAUAAUGCUAACUUUCAAAAUAAGCGAGUCGAAAAUGCUUCUAAUAAUAUAAAUUUACAUAUAAGUAAUAAUGAUUAUAAUCGAGAUAAAUAUACUGUAAGUAAUAUAAAUAAUUAUCAAACAAAUACUAAUAAUAACGAUGGAAUUGAAACUGUGUACAUCGUUAGAGGCAAUGGUGAUCCAAAUCAUCCAGAAAUUGUUAAAGUUAAGGCAGGACAAGUUAUCCAGUAAUGAUAUAAUCAUGUAUACUAUAAUAUUGAAUGUGUUAUUUGUUGUAUUGUAUGCAUUCCAUUUCAUUGAAAAACAAAUUGGUAAAUAAGUAA